AAUAAAAUUUUCUCUCUAUUUAUAAAUAUGAUAUUAUUUAAUUGUGUCCACGUGGGAAACAGCCACCAAGAAUCUGUACCUCGCUCUCUGAUCGGCUCCCUCUCCCGCGAAGGGUUUGAUCGAGCAAAGGACCGACUCGCUGCUCAUCUCUCCACUGGUCAUGGCAAGGCCUUUGUCAAAUAUACUGUUGAAGGGCUUCGCAGGUCUCCCUGCAGUACGGUCUUCUAGAACUGUUUUUGGAUCCUUUAAUUGCAAUGGAAUGAGAUAUUCAAGUACUACACCCAGUGAUCCUGACUCACAUGAAGAUUUUCGACCAAAUAAUAAACUUGAGAGUUCUGGAAUAUCUUUGAAAGAUAUUGUUGAACAGGAUGUCAAGGACAACCCAGUGAUGAUUUACAUGAAAGGGGUGCCUGAUCUUCCUCAAUGUGGAUUCAGUGCCCUGGCAGUAAGAGUGCUGAAACAAUACAAUAUUCCCUUGAGUGCGAGAGAUAUUUUGGAGGAUCCUGAGCUGAAAAUUGCUGUAAAAUCCUUCAGCAAUUGGCCAACAUUUCCCCAGAUUUUCAUCAAGGGAGAGUUUAUUGGUGGAUCAGAUAUAAUUAUGAAUAUGCACCAGAGUGGUGAACUGAAAGAAAAGCUCCAAGAUGUUGCAGCCAAUCAAAAGUCUGAAUAGUUCUCUCAUUGAAUAAAGGGUAGAUUUUGCUUGUUGAACCAUGAAGGAAUGCUUAGCUGAAACCACCAGGCGGAAAAAUAGAUGGUUUAGAAUGGUGGGACUAUAGAUUUUAAGGAAAAAAACAACUUAUUUUUCGUUAUGCAAAUGAAUCGUGUAUUAAUUUGUCCUCCAGCCAUCGGUUUUUGUUCCAUGAAAAGUAUUUGUAUAGGCAUUUCCUAUUCGAACAAUGAAAGCCCAAAUAUCCAAUUCUCAUUCAAAUAUACCUGCAGUUUUAUCUAUGAUGAAAUAGAUAUGAUCCCAUUUUCAGUUGA